AUGUCUGCUUUGAUGGUGUCCCGCUCCCACUCGGCUGGAUCUGCUGAGAUCAUGGACCAGAGCCAGACUGAGGUAGACUCCGAUGUGAACACGAUCUUUACGGAGAACGGAUCUGAGAGCGAUCCCACCAGCGAUUCUGAGCUUAGCAGCGAGGGCUCAGACGAUGAGGAGAGUGGCUCUGAUGACGAAUUCCACAAUGACGAGGGGCAGCUGCCACCAGAACAUUACAUAGCCGAAGCUCUGAGCUUGGAUGUCUCUCAGCUUCGACAGAAGCGAUAUAGCGAUUGCACCCAGGAGAAACUCGAUGAAACCACGAUGUACUGGAACAGAUAUUGUGAACACCUCAAUCUGGAUCCUCAGCAGCAAUGGCGAUGGAUCUCAGAUUCUGAUGAGACAGUCCGUUUCUUGUAUGGAUUCUUCGGCUGGCGUUGCGAUAUUCGACGUGGAAAAAAUGGCCGGCAUUGCCCAGGGAUUGGAUACAAAAGCUCACUUGAGUCAUUCUGGAAAUGGUGGCAUCUUGUUCUCAAACAACAGACCGCGUCGGGAUUGUCCAAGGAAACAAUUGUCAAAGUCCAAGAUAUCAUUGCGCUUAUAGCCACGCAAAAAGGCCUUGAGCUAACACGGCGACCGAAGAAAAACAUGUACAUUGAAGAUGUCGCUGAAUUCGCACGCGUGCUUCUAACGACCACCGAGACAACUUUUCUCUGUGGCUGGCAGCGUAUUCAAGUCCUUUUCUACUGUCAACUCGCAGCCAUCACCGCAAGCCGCCCGGGUGCUCUUUUAGGGCUUCGGUACCGUGACCUUACCCUGACGUUGAUCCGAGACCCAGAAGGAGGUCGCCCCAGACUUUUCAUAUUCCUCACUCCGGAAUUCACCAAGAAAUUUCUUGGAAAGAAGGCUCCGAAUGAGUUCAAAAUCCCAGAGAUCAUCUUUGAUCCAACGCUGGUUCUUAGUCCGCAUGUUUGCUUGCUGGGCAUGCUCUUCCACAUCAAAGGCUUCAAGACGCGAUCUUUGAACGGACCAGUGUUAGACUGCCCGGAGAAUCUCUAUCGUCUUCGGGUUCUAGAUGGUCUGGGGCAACAACAGCUGGUCUUGAAGGAAGAAAUAAAGGAUAAAUUCGUGUUUUGUCAGGUUGCUCGGGAUGUUGACGGUUAUCGAAUUGACUUGGACAAGCCAAUGACAUCGUCUAUGAUACGUUUCCGUAUGCGCAGAGUGGGCGAAAUCACCGGCAUGGAGCAAAUCGCAAAGCCAUAUCUUCUGCGAUAUGCUGGAGCUAAAGCAUUCAAUAAGAGUGAAGAGGUGACGGACGCCCUUCAAAACGUCAUGUUGCAGCAUGCGGAUAUUCGCACGUUUGUUCGGCACUAUGAAGUAGAUGUCGAUGUUGACGUUCAAGGAAUUGUACGGAACACAGGAUCACAAACGGCCCUCGUCCGAUUUGCUUGUUCCCUAAGUGCGUCGAUUGAUCCAGAUCGGCCCUAUAAGCUCUCAUCUGAAGAAUCUCGAUCCAUCAACGAGCUCCCGGUAGUUCGUGCAAAGCAGGACAAAGUUGACGAACGGAAACUGAAGUGGGAAGAUUGCCAUGCCCAAUUUGAACUCGCCGAAAACGACCUUCGACUCUCUUCCAAUCAUCCGGAACAAGCCUUGUCCUCUGAGCAUCAUCGCUAUCUGCAGAAGAGGCUGGAAACCGCCAAAGUGCGAGCAGCGGAAGCCAACCGGAAGAAAAAUAGAGCUAUUCGCGAACUUCGCAGCGAGAAGCAACGCCAACGGAAUAAGCGUGUUCGUGAGAACUUGGAACGAUAUAAGAACGAACAACCCGUGAUUGAUCUCGAACGUCAACUACAAGGAAAGUUGGUGGAUACCAAAGUUCUAGGGGCACUGGAUAAUACUGGCUCCUCAAGUCCAGAGUUCAUUAGGGUCAUUGACACCGUCUUGACUAUGCCAGGUGCUACUAUAGAGGCGGAAUAUCAGCGUCGGAUCAACGCAAUCAACGCGGUGGCCGCUUUUUGUGGCGUGGAAGAAGGUCGCCCUACCCAAAGGCCUAGCCAGUCUCGUCGCCGACAAGCUAUUGAUGAGAUCGAUUCUUGCCCUUCCUCCAAGCGUCGAAAGACCCCAAUAAAAGACGACAUUGAAUCAAGACUCCAGGACGCGAUGGAGUCAGUGCGGGUCAAGUCUCCCGAAGUCCGGCCUACGCCAGGAUCGCUCCCGGAACAGCCAGGAUCGCUCCCGGAACAGCCAGGAUCGCUCCCGGAACAGCCAGGAUCGCUCCCGGAACAGCCAGGAUCGCUCCCGGAACAGCCAGGAUCGCUCCCGGAACAGCCAGGAUCACUCUCGGAGCAGACCCUGAGCACCCCUGGAGUUUCUCUGGGUGAUUAA